AACACGUCUUUCUCGCAUCGCGUACGUUACCUUCUCCUAAUCUCUGAACUAGAAGACGCGUUUGAAUCCAAGAUACCCCGGAAAAUGAAUCCCAUGCCCCAGACUGCGUUUCCCAGUGCCUUCGUCGGAUGCGGAUAGUCAGUUCGUGACGUUACCUCGGCCAGGAUCUGCGCGAAUCCGACGUUCGCGUACACCGUUCAUUUCAUAGCUCUCGGCCGUAACUUCUGCUUAUAUUUCACUUAUCAACUUGUAACCAUCUGCUUGCCAACGCGACUCCGCCAGUAUUGCAUUUCUCUCCCUGCAAGCACCUGUAACAGCAACCAACCGAUCCCAAGCAUUUACUCAACACCAUGCCUCUUGAACCGUAUGAUUUCGUGAGCCCUGUCUGGAGGGAAGGCAUCUUUAAUAACAAGGUCGUCUUCUGCACCGGCGGCGCAGGAUCGAUCUGCUCAGCUCAGGUUCGCGCUCUUGUAUACCUUGGUGCCAAUGCCGCCAUCAUCGGUCGUAAUGUCGAGAAAACCGAACGAAUGGCUCAAGACAUCGCAACUGCACGGAAGGGCGCAAAGGUUAUUGGCAUCGGCGCAGUAGAUGUGAGAAAACCAGAAUUGCUCCAAGCUGCAGCGGACAGAACUGUCAAGGAGCUAGGCAGUAUCGACUUCGUCAUUGCUGGUGCGGCAGGUAACUUCCUUACGACUAUCGAUAACCUCUCGACGAAUGCGAUGAAGUCAGUCAUCGAUAUCGAUAUUCUUGGGUCGUAUAAUACCGUCAAAGCAACAUUGCCAUAUCUCGUCGAGUCAGCAGGCAAGCACAAGACAAAUGGUAAGACCGCGCCUCAGAAUGGGACCGGUGGUCGCAUUAUCUUCGUGAGCGCAACACUGCACUACCAAGGUACGGUACUGCAGAGCCAUGUGUCGGUUGCGAAGGCAGGCAUAGAUGCUAUGUCCGUGUCUGUAGCAAUUGAACAAGGGCCCAAGGGUGUCACCUCCAAUGUCAUAGCCCCAGGACCCAUUGCAGGCACAGAAGGCAUGGCUCGUUUGUCGAAAAAAGAGAAUCUUGCAGCAGCGAACAAGGCAGUUCCAGUAGGGCGGUUUGGAUACGUCAAGGAGAUCGCGGAUGCAACCGUUUACCUCUUCUCAGACGCAGGAAACUUUGUCAACGGAGAGACAGUCGUUGUCGAUGGUGGCGCAUGGCAUACUGCUGGCUUUGCCGGUGGCUUCGAAUAUCCAGAGUUCCUGCUAUCAGGGGAGCAAGUGACGGGCGUCGCGGGCAGCACCAAGAAGUCAAAGCUGUAGCGGAUGAAUCAAGUGGAGCUCUUGCUUAUGCGAUCGAAUGUGCUCACACACGAAUUACUCUCCAUGUUCAUCUUUCCUCUAGCGAGACAUUGCAAGUCAUGAUUGGAGACGUUGCAUCCCCUCCGAGCCGCCGAAUCUCGAUGCCUUUCGUUGGCUGUUCCCACACGAGCCCAGUAUUCAGACUCAUUUUUGAAAUAUAUGCGGUGCUUUGACAGAUCUGAUAAGGCUCGUUUGAUGGCAUGCGUCAUUGUUACGACUCCUGAGGUGGGCCUGUGGACAGCGUUUCGUUAAUCUAUCAAUACGAGCAUAGUUACUGCAACAACACGCGACUGUUUUUCAAUAUGCAGCAGCAAUCU